CAAACCUAAAGGUUCGUUCCCUAUGAAAUGAAUAUAAAAGAUUCGAUAUUUCCGGAAGAGAAAGACGAAUUUCCUUGGGACGAAAAGGCACUUAUUGCUUUUAAAAAAGCUAUCAAAGAUCAAAGGAUUAAAUGUCGUAUGGAUGACAUUUUUCUUCUUGGAUUUCUUCGCUCUAGAAAAUUCGAUUUGCAGAGAUCACUUCAGCAACUGAAGAAUUAUUAUAAUAUAAGAGUAAACUACCCUGAAUAUUUUAAGGAUCUUCUUCCUUCCAAGUUGGAGCAUGUUUUCAAUUUGAAUGUAGUGCAAUAUUUACCAAGUUCUGACCAGAAUGGAAGCUAUAUUUAUAUUUUUAGAUUUGGCAAAUGGGAUACUUCUGCUGCUAGUGUGACUGAUGUAAUACGUGCUAUAAUGCUUUUUACGGACUUACAAUUGAAUUUUCAUCGAACUCAAGUUAACAAAAUCGUUUGUGUCAUAGACGCAGCAGGAUUAAAUUUGUUACAUUUCUAUCAUUUCUCACCCAGAGCCAUCAGUGCCUUAGUAAUGCUUUUGGUUAAGGAUUCUUAUCCCAUUCGAUACAAGGCAUUGCAUUAUGUGAAUAUGAAUGUCAUAAUAAAGGCUAUUUUAAGUGUUUUACUUCCACUUCUACCACACAAACUCCGAAAGAGAGUACAUUUGCAUUCUAAUGUUGAAACUUUGCACGAAUUCAUCAGUCCAGAUUGUCUGCCUUUAGAAUUUGGAGGAAAUUUGCCAAGUUUCGAUCCUACUGAAGCCAAUAAUAUGCUUAGAUCUAACGAAGAAUUCUUUAAAAGAAACGAAGAAUACGUGAAAUUGUACGAAGAAGAAACAAAUAAAAAUUUCAGCCAAGGUACAUUUAGAUACGUCGGUGAAGAUUUUGAAGAAGAAAAGAUUGAAAAAUUUAUAGAAAAAUCAGAAGACAAAUUUAAAAGUCAUUGUGACGAUCCAGAAGCUUUUUUAGCUUGUAUGCAAGAAGAUUCCGAACUUGAAAUGACUCGUCUUUAAAUCAGUUUUGACUUAUGUAUCCAAGUAAUAGAUAGUUACUUACUACUUCUAUUUGUAAAAUAAU